AUGAUUAGAAAUACCAUCCGUAGACCUUUACAAUUCACAUCCACCCGUCAUGUAUCAACCACUACUAGAACAACCACACGAACAAAUAAUUUCCGACGAUAUGUGGUUUACCCCACGGCACUUGUCACCACCGGACUUGGAAGUGUUUAUUUGAUUGAUAAAUACUACUAUUCAUCCAUCAUCACUAGAUCAACCAGAGCAUUGUAUGUGUUAUUAUGGAUUGCGUACGAGUAUGGGUUCAACUCCAAGUCGUAUCGCAGUAUCGACGAUCUUCAUGAAAUCGCCAGUGAUAAAUUGUUGAAUUUAUUAGUUACCAACAAGGGAAUAUUCAUCAAGCUAGGACAGGCCAUUGCCAAUCAAGGUAAAUUGUUCCCUGAACCAUACCAAAGGAAAUUCCCCAUGAUGUACGAUCAGGCACCUGUUCAGGACUGGAAGCAAGUUGACACUGUGUUGAAGAAGAACUUGGGCGACGAUUAUGAAUCCACGGUGUUUGAAAUGAUCAACCAUGAACCCAUUGCCAGUGCUAGUAUAGCACAAGUGCAUUAUGCCAAGUUGAAGAAUGGAGAAGAAGUGGCGGUGAAGGUACAGCAUAAUUACAUCAGCAGACAAUUGCCAGUGGACCUCUGGGUGUACAGGUUCAUUAGUCGUGUGUACGAGAAGGUGUUUGAUAUCCCAUUGAGUAUGUUCACCAAGUAUAUCAGUGAGAAGAUCACCGAGGAGACGAAUUUCAAACACGAGAUGUACAAUUCUGAAAAGUUGCAAGCGUUUGUUCAUGCUGAUCCAACGAUUGAUGACUCGGUGUAUAUUCCAAAGAAUUUCCCUGAGUUCACCACUGAGCAGGUGUUGACAGCUGAGUGGAUUGAUGGUGUUCCACUUACACAUAAAGAGGUGCUCCUUGCCAAGAAGUUUGACUUGUCUGAGAUCAUGAGAAAGUACAUCAAGUUGUUUGGAGCACAGAUAUUCAAGUAUGGGUUCAUCCACAGUGAUCCGCAUCCAGGGAACUUGUUGGUAAGAUUUGACAGUAAGGGAAAACAACAGUUGGUUUUGCUAGACCAUGGAUUAUACAUUGAAUUGAAUGACUUGUUCAGAAUAGAGUACUGUAAUCUCUGGAGAUACUUGUUCCUGUUGGACACACCGGGGAUUGAAGAGAUAGGUAAGAAAUGGGGGAUCUCAUCGCUCGACUUGUUUGCCACUGUGGUUCAACUCCGUCCUGUGUUGCUCAUGCCUGAUGACAACAGUGAUCUGAAACCUGACAAUAGGAACGUUUCUGAUUUGUUUAGAGAUUUCAUCGGGGACAAGAAGAAGUUCCCUGCUGAUUUGCCAUUUCUAGCACGUACGAUGAGGAUGAUCCAGAAUCUCAACCAAAGUUUUGGUAGUCCCGUGAACCGAAUCAACUUACUCACGAAAGAGCUGGUCAAUGCAUUGUUACAAGAGAAACACGUUAGUUUCCGUGACUACUGGAGUUUGAUCAAAAUCAAGGUUGUUUUAGCGUUUUCCGAUAUGAUGUUUUAUGUGGUUAGGCUUAGACAGUAUGUCAUAGGUGAUAGAUAUGGUGGUAAAGGUAAAGGAUUAGAAGAUUACAUUGAGAUGUACAUGCAAAACACAGCUAAAUCGUUAGGCAUGGAAUGGAUAUAG